CUAAAAGGCCUGCACUACAGUAACGAUCGCUUACUUCCGAUCCUCGUUCAACUUUGUACUUCGAGGGAUAUUAAGGUCAUUUUCUACUUCGAAUGCACACUUAACAGUCUACCACAGGCCCAUGACACAGCAGGAACAGCAUGAGUUUCGAGAGAGCCUUGAGGAAGCCCUGGCCUGGAUGCAGGCAAUCCAGGAGAGGCUCAGGCUCAGUGACAACACUCAAGGGCCUAGGGAAGAACUGGAAGCCAGGCUGAGGGAGACAGAGGAAAUCCGGGACUCGGAGCAGGAGGGUCGGCUGAAGAUGGAUGCGGUGCUGGUGGCUGCUGAUGCCCUCUUGAAGAAUGGAGAUGAUGAGAUGAAGAACCAGACUCACUCCAAACUUAAAGACCUGAAAGCUCUGUGGGAGGAGACAUCCACCUAUAUUGUCCAUUGCCACAGCCGUAUAGAGUGGGUGUGGCUGCACUGGUCUGAGUACCUGAAGGCACACGAGGAGUUUGCUACGUGGCUGUUAAAACAGCAGGCGGUGUUGGGGCCACAGCCUGAGCUGCAGCUGGGCCUCCGGGAGAAGUUGUGGCAGGUGGACCACCACCAUGUGCUGUGCAGCGAUGUCAAGGCCCAGGCCGUGCUCCUGGACAGGCUCCUGGAUGAGGCUGCGGUGCUUUACAACCGCACCGAGGACCCGACGCUGGACGAGCGUGCUAUGGAAAGGCUGCAUGGGGCCUACAACAGUGUCUGCGCCAGAGCCGAGGAAAGGAUGGCUCUGGUUCAGAAAGUUGCAGAUGAACACCAGAAAUACCAAAACUGCGUUCAUGAAUUCCAAAUCUGGCUGGUGUCAAAGAAAGAAGAACUCAGCCACUUCAAAGAGACAGAGGGCACUUCUGAGAAUAGACUCCAAGCCCUUCGGGAGCUGGAAGCCAGCAUUGCCCAGGAGGAGGAAGCGUUGCUGGCCGUCGAAGGCCAGGCCGAAGCCGUGAAGGUGAACACAUCGCCGGCGGGAGCGGACCACGUCGCCGUGGAGGCGGAGCAGCUGCGGAUUGAGUGGCAGAGGCUGCGUCUGGCACUGGCGGAGGUCGACAUGGAGCUCGAGGGUGUGCUGGACGAACAGAGCCGGUACACGGACCUCCGAGAGGAGCUGGAGGCAGGUAUCGGCGAGCUCCGGACCCUGGUGCGGAGGAUGAGUCAGGAGCUGGAGGGGAAGGAGGUGGAAAGGAGCGAGGACCACAUGGUGGCCCAGUGGAGGAAAUACACGAGCGUACGGAACACGCUGUUGGCAGAGGAGCCCAGGGUGGAGCAGCUCAGAGCUCAGCUCAAGGAAUUAUUCAGGUUCCCCCAGCACUGCAGAGAGCUUUCUGACCAUGUGCUGGUUGCGGUUAAGGAGUACCAGAGUCUGAAAGGCAGGUUGUCCAGGCUGUCCUCGGAAAGUGAGACUGCGCUGAGACAGGCUCUGCAGGACCCGCUCCAUGGCUUCAGCCAGUGGAGUCACAUGGUGUCACAGGUGCUGGAGACCUCGGCGGACGUGACGGAGUUCUCCCACAUCGCUCUGCUUGUGCAGAACAUUGAGAAGCUCCUGAAGCACAGCGUGCAGCUCCAAGAGCGGCUGAGCCUGCUCCAGGUGAAGGCCGACCUGCUGGGCGCCGUCUUUGGCCAGGAAAAAGCUGAGAGCUUGCUGGAGGAGCUGGGUGCUGACGUGAGGAAGAGGGAGACACUGCACAGCCAACUCCUGCAGAGGAAGAGUGAGCUCCAGGGGUUGAUAUCAAGAACAAAGGACUUUGGCGAUGCCUAUGACUCUAUUUACAAGAAGCUGGCUAUCAUCAGGGAGAGAUUCCAGGCAGCAGAAGGACUCCAACCCGAUAUUCUGGCCAAGAAGAGUCAGGGUGACCAGCUAAAGGUCAUUAAGAGGGACCUGGAGGAGUGCGAGGCUCACAUCACAGCCCUGGAGACGCUGGUGUCCUCCAGCCCGACCAACAGGACCAAGUUCGAGCAUCUCUAUGCAGACUGGAAACUGCUUUAUAAAGCCGUACGGGUGAGGGUGAAUGAGAGUGAGGAGAGUAUUUCAGAACAUGAGAGUUUCCAUGACAGUCUGCUCAACGUGGAGAAAUGGCUGAUGAUUAUGAGGCAGAAGCUGGAGUCCUUUCGCAGACCAAGUGGAGACUGGAGCGUGGAGAACCGGCAGCACGAAGCAGAGAGAGCGCUUGGCGAGUUCCCAGAGAAGGAGCUGCAGCUGCACCGUACGGAAGGCCAGGGUCAGGUCGUGCUGGCCAAGACCUCUGAGGAGGGCAAAGUUCACAUUCUGCGUGACCUCAAGCGCCUCCGUGAAUCCUGGGUGGCCCUCCAUGAGCUCAGCCUCAACUUGUUCAGGCUUUUGAAUGGCAAUGGGAUGACAGGGGAGACCGGUUCAUCAUUCCACACACCUGAGGCCUUAGAUCAGGUAGAUCAUUCCCAGGGGUUUGAUCAGAGAGGAGCGCAGGUGGUGGGACGGAGUGUGCUGAGAGGCAGUGGUCCCAUAAGCGGAGACGAGGCAGUUGACCAGCCAGGUCAAGAGCUUGACCUUUGGGCCUUGGGUUCAAGCCGAGGACUGGUGGGGAUGUUUGCCCUCGGUGGCACGACUGAAGUGGAUGACUGGAAGAUCCAUCCAGGAGGAACCGAAAAUAUCCCAGAGCUGACAGGGAGAACCGACGAUGAAGCGGACUCGUUUGCACUUAGCCGAGGUUAUGGGGAGGUGGGCGGGGAGUUUGAGGAAGGCGGAGACUUCUCUGGAGCGGGGGUGGGGAGAAAAGGCCGACCAAGGGGUGGAGAGUGGACCGGAGGUGGGGUAAGAGAGCACCUGACCGGGAUAGAGGAUGUGGAUUUUCAGGGAGGACGCGGCUUAGCGAGUACUGGCCACUAUGGCAGUGCUAAGCAGAGUGGCGCUAAGUCUCCUCACAUGCCUGGGCUCAGGGAGCACAUCGUUGCCUGUGAUCCUGAGCUCAGACAUAGGCAACCAUCUCCAUACAAGACAGCUUCAAUCAAUGCCGCUCAUGGCCCAGAGCAUGUCACCCAGAGGGGUUCUCAGGCGAGAGAGCAGCAUACCGAUUGGGAAGCUCGCCGGAGAGAAUUUGAGGCCUGGCUCUGUAAGGAGAACAGCAAACUUGCAGGGGUUGUAAACAACCAAAGAAAUUUGAGCACCAAAGAACUGAAGAUAAGGCAGGAUGCACUGAAGAGUUUGCGCGCUGGCUUGACACAAGGACAGGCUCGGUUCCAGGAGCUGAUGAACUCCUGGCAGUCAGAGGCUGCAGCAGAGGAUGUGAGUCUGGAGGAGCUACGCUACAGAUGGAUGCUCUAUAAAUCCAAACUGAAGGAUGCAGGAAAUCUCAAAGCUAACAGGCACAAGGAUGAAGGUGUCCAGGAGCACAUUCGAUCCAGAAAGCGGCGGUGCUGCGAGGUCCUGCGGAGGGCUUGCUGUGCUGCUCUCCCCCUCCAGCUGCUGCUGCUGGCCCUGCUGCUGUUGGCUUUCCUGCUGCCCCUGAUGGACGAGGGCGCCAGCUGCUCGCUCUCAAACAACUUCGCCCGCUCCUUCAGCAUCAUGCUGCGCUACCAUGGGCCACCGCCCACCUGAACCACGCGCACUGGCAAGAGUCCCGUCUCGUCCCCCAUCCUCCCCCGCCAGUGGAUAUCUCACACCAGGAGAUGUGUUGAACCUUAGGAUAUGGGGAAACGAAGAAGAGCCUGCUGAGAAACACACUGGAUCUUAUGCUGCAUCCUGUGGGGUGUGCUCUUUUAGCUUCAUAUUUCUCACUCUGCUUGGCCCAGCAGAAAGGAGCUGCUCUGUGUGUGUGCGUUUGUGUGUGUGUGUGUGUGUGUGUGUGUGUGUGUGUGUGUGUGUGUGUGUGUGUGUGUGUGUCUGAGUGGGAGGAUAGCUUUGACACUCGUACCCUGUUCCACAUGACUCAAGCUGUUCCACUCUCUUCAUCCAUUUGGAGAAGCCUGUGGUGCUUUUCCUGAGAGCACGACCCAUUUACAUGACAUUUCUGUCCAAGUUCACUGAAGGCCUGGACAAUGCUUUACAGCUCCACUAGAGUCUGUGCUCCCUGACAUCAGUUGCCCUCUCAUUUCUCUGAUGCAUUUUACGCACUACCAACAAGCACUGUUUGCAGAGACUUUUCAUUUUAAUUUCAUUUUAAUUUCUGUCAGAAACGUCUAAACUUUCUAACUACCAUUAUUUUUGGCUACAUAGCAACUAGGUUGACAGUUUUUAUGCUCAUAGGGUACUGUGCAUUCUGAUGUUGGCUGAAAUACCAUUCAAUCAUUCUAGAAAUCUCAAGGCAGCAAGUUGCCUAAACAUUCGUGUUUGACAUGCACCAUUACUAACUUAUGUCUCUGUAUAAUAUUUAACAGCGCACAAGGCUGUUUUCUAAGGGAUGUUUUUAAGUUUUAAGUUUUGCCUUUUGAAUUGAUUCAUUGUGGUUAUCAGUUCUCACCAACACAUACCUUAAAAGGUGCCUUGUUGGCAUCUAUGUCAGUCUUCAUUUUAUAAUGUUUCUCUGCACCUCAUGGUGUCUUGGUUCAUGCUGUGACUGAGAUGUCAUUCUUAGUUUCUUCUCAUCAGUGCGUUUUGUAAAGUGUCCUGCUUGCAGGGUGAAAAUUGCCCAGUGUGGAGACAGUGUCCUUUUUUGUGCAUGUUUUGAAAUGGUGCCGUGACCCCCUCUAAACUCUGACCUCUGACUUUUUUCCGUUUGCUUUUCUCAGCUGGGAGUACUGUGGACCCUACUGUUGCUACAGCAACCAUGACCAAAUCUUUUUUUUUUUUUUCUUAUUAGAAUCCCAUCAUGAAGAUCUUAGUUACAGCAACUGAAUGGCAGUUUAAAAGUUUUUAUAACGAGUUUGUAUGCAUUGUAUUUUAACUGUAUUAUGUAGAAUGAUGUUUUAAAUGCUUUACAGACGGGCACUACAUCAUUGUCUGUAGAAGUAUAAAGGCUUUGUGUGUGUGUGUGUGUGUGUGUGUGUGUGUGUUUGUCUGUGU